AUGAAUCACUACGUGCGCGAGAAGCGCCUUGCCGCGAAAUGGUUCCAGGUCGGAAGCAACCCCUUCUUCUACAGGAAGUUCCGCCAUGUAAAACACUUCAGUCAAGCGCAAAUCCCUAAAAGGGUGGGGUUCAUGAAACCCGCAUUCAAACUAAACAGAAAGGCGCAGAAGUAUAUAGUCAAUGUGCAGUGGCUAAAAAGUGGAAACACGAAAGAGUUACAAAAGCUAUGUAAUGACAUAAAAAAAGAUGCAAACUCGUUUAAUAGCUACGAAAUUAUCGACCUGGUAUACUACCUAAGUAAGCAUUCGAACAGAAAUGUCUACCUAACCAUCGAGCCCUUGUUAUUUCAUUUUUUCCGCAAAUACAACACGUCCGUUAAUUUAAACGGUGUGUCUAUACAUAGGCUGUUAAGAGUACUAACAGAAUAUCAAGACUUAGUUUACAGAGAGUGGAUUUACUCGAUAGCAAAAAUUAUUUCCAAGAAACAUGCACACAUAUCUAUGAGGGACAUUCAACUUAUCCUAGACGACUUGGCUCUGUUUUACGAUUUUCAAAUACAUUGUCAGAUUACUCCUUUUUACAACACAAUUAUAAAUAGGAUUCAUGAACUGGAAAUAAAAAGACUUCCAUUUCUGAUACAUGUCAUCGGAAGAAUUGGAUGUAAUAACCCUAAUCUGUUGAACAUCCUAGUGGCCACUUUAAAAAAAAAUAUCUCCAAAAAUGAUUUGUAUCGAUCCGAUUUUUCAGGACUACUACUAAGAGGUUUAGCAAAUCUGAAGAUACUACCGGAGAGGAGCAUCCUCCAUCAGUUGUACAAACCGGUCAAAGAAAAUAUAAACUAUACAAAUAUCAAGUACCUAUCCUGGUGUGCUGAUGGUUUUUCUAGACUAAACUAUUUCUCCCCCCUACCUAUGCUAGUAAAUCAGAUACUGCAAUUGAAGGACAAAAUUACGCAGCUAGAGCUUAACGACUUCUCCUCCAUACUGAACUGCAUCCAAGCGUACAUACUAAUAAAACAGCACAAUGGAUACGGAGAAAAGGGGAACGUGCCGCACCGGAGAAGAAGCCUCUCCUCGGAUGUUACUCCAAAGGCGCAAAGUGACCAUCCGAAUGAUGACGGGAGCCUGCUUCAACGCCCCCCUGGAGACAUACCAUCGGAUGAAAGUCACAACAAAUCGAUGUUACGUGAAUGGAACUUUGAUCCCAGGAAAAUCCCAAUUCAAGAUGCACAUAACGAUCAAAGUAGCAACCAAUUUAGCGUUGGUGAAAAUGUAAAAUAUGGGCACCAAACCGCUCACAAGAGAGAAGACCGCACGGAGGGGAGACAAACGAUUCACCCAAAUAGGACGCUCCAGAGUGAUGUAAAAAAUAAAGGGAAAAAAUACCAUUCUGUUCAAAGGAACCAAACAGAUGGGAUAAAUCACCCCUGUGGAGACUAUGCCGUACAGAAGGAAUGCACCAAAAAUAAAGUUAAACAAAAUGUAGAGUUGGAUGAAGAUGCGGCAGAAUGUGCCCCACCCGAUCCGGCCAAUGUAAAGAAUAAAACAAACGACCCCUCCGGAAGUGACAAUUCCAUGCAUCCCAUUUCUAAUGAAAAAUUUUUACGCGAAAUGAACUCAAUUUUUGAGGUGAAUGCUAACACAAUAUCUUUAGAAGCAUUAUACGACAUUUAUUUAAAAUUAGAAAAAAUCAUUUUAGAAAAAAUUACGGAAAACAUUUAUAGCAGCACCCCACCCUACCGAGUAAUAAUGUUUGAAUUGCUAACUAGACUCUUCAGAUUUUAUAAAAAACCGAUUGACUUAAUUGUCCAUAUGAAUACACACAGAUAUGACACUUCUCUACUGCUGAAACAUACCAAUAGUCUGCCUCUUAUUAUAUCAAAUGAAAAGAGGAGAAAAAUUAGCAGCUCGGAAUUAUCUUUUCAUGUGCAAGAGUUUGAUUUUUCGAAUGACUUUUUUUUUAAGGAUUCCCCAAAUGAUCAUUUGGGGGCACAGAAAAGCACGCCCGAUGAUGGAAAUAUGCAAAUUGAGGGAGAAAGCCAUCGCGCUCGUGCUACCCCAUCUGCAGAAAUGAAAAAUGGCGAAAAAGAAAGAGCGAAAAAUGAACAACCCCAUGGCAACGAAACUAAUACGUAUCAUCACAACGUCGAGGAAAACCUGCUACUGACCGAGGAUACCCAGAUAAAUGUAAACACACCGUUGCCGAAAAUUUUUAAAACCUUUUUGCACUCCAUAUAUUUUAGAACCCCCGCGUUAGGCGGAAGAACCAUCAUGUUGCUACUAAUAGCACUGGUAAGAUUAAAUUUCGGGGAACGGGAAAAAUUCGAAUAUUUAACCAAGACGGAUUCUAACAUUUUACCAUUUUCUAAAACUAACGAGAUAUACAGACCCUUAACAAAAUGUCUUAUUCGAGAAAUAAUUAGAAAACUGGAAUCGUUUAAUUCUGAGGAGUUGAUAAUUUGUGCAAUGUGCCUAAACGAGCUGGACGCCUUAAACUUAAAUGAUGAAUUAUUUUCAUUAUUAAUUGAACGACUUUUCAAUUUAAACAAAAGUAACUACAUGAGCCACGACCAGGUGCUACAGUUAAACAGUCUUUUCCACUUCUGGUACACCCGAAGAAGAAACUUAAUUGCGCAAAAUUUGCGAUUCACGUCGAUAAAGCAGUUUAAGAGUUUCCUUGCGUAG